CGAGGAACAGAGGGCAGUUAUCCCUCAGGAAGGCAUGGUGAUGCAGGGGAGCUGAGGCGGAGAGAGGGCCGUGAGGACAGACAGAGGGAACGAGGGAGGGAGAGGGAGCGAGAGAAGAGGGGGAGAGUUUGGAGAGGAGCCGGGGACUGCCCAUGGUGGAGGGGCGGAGCAGUAAGCAUGCGCUGAGCUGGCAGAGUCUGAGCUGGUCCUGACGGGCUGGCUGGUCUCCGGGCGGCUGUCUGUGCGCUUCAGACGGUCGUGGGGGAGACUACCAGCAACACUCAGCGCGUCCUCGAGUGCUCAGAGGAGGUGGAGGGGGGGAAAAAAACACAGAAGAGUCGCGGGGAUAACUGCGAGCAAAGAAAGCAAACAGCCCCACCUCGUCAUCUGGAAAAGCACCGAAGAAGAAGAAGGAGACGAUCCUCCGCCCCUCUACCCCACACCCCGACGCCAACCCGCCCUAUCUACCCUACCCACCACUUCGUGCCAUCCCUCUGGUCUGAACUGCCCUCCCACCCCGCCAGGAGAACCACGACCACCCAUAGGAAACCCCCGCUUGACCAGCGUUGCCAUUAAGCGAUGCGCUUUGAAUUUAGGAAGAAAUCACCUACGCGGUUUUGAUGCACAACACAACCAGUGGUCUUCUUUUUUUUUCCUUAGCGGGGAACAGUUAAGGCUACGGAUCUGGGUGUUUACACUUUUUGACGGGUUUCCAGUGGCAUGAUAACAUGCAGCAUAUUAUCAUCCCACGGCGACAGACCAGGUUGUCAUUCCAUAGAUUAGUCUUUAUUUAAACAACCAGCUGUCACACACGCUGGCAUUUGAGCCUAUGUUUGAUUUUUCCAUGAUUAGAAAUAAUCCUGACAAUGGUCUCUGAGCGGACCGCCUCUCCAGACACCUAGUAAUAUUUUUUUCAAGACGUGUCAGCUCAAGGUUUCUUUUUCAUCGAAGAAAAAAAGCGACAAAUUGACGAGGAGUCAUUAGACAUCGACACCGAUUGAGCCGUAGGACUUUGCGUGCGAAGUUUACACCUGGAAGAGGGGGGCCAAGUCGGAGAUAUCUCGGCCAUAUCCAAGAGGCGUUUUUUCCCUGUAAGGUGGGAGGUCAGCGGGUUGCGGCUAUGCUGUCCUUGGAUGAGCCCCUGGACCUAAAGCUUCCUCGGCGGGCCAAUGGGAGGGACAGAGGAGCGCGUUCGCCCCCUCUCUCCCCGCUGCACCCCAAGCGAGCUCGUCAGCUCCGCAUGGCGGAUGAUGGUACCGCAGUCAUAGAGCCUGCCUCUCCAGCAUCUCCACACACAGGUGUGCAGGUGGUCCCUCAUGAUCGAACAGACACCCCGACCCCCCCUGUGGUGGACCUGAGCAUGUCUCCCUCCUCUCGCCACACCCCCAGCUCUCCAGAAAUGACCAAUGGCAACUAUGUCCCCUCAGGGAAUUCUCACAUCUCACAGGCCUUUCAGUUCUUUGUGCCAAUCGGAGCUGGGGCAGGACUUCACCUGCCAUCCUCCAUGUUUAUUGGCCAGACGAGUGACAAGAGAGCCUCUCCUGACCUCUCAGCGGAUGAACAACUGGCCUGUCGCUGGAAGAAGUGCCAUCUGCUCUUUGACUCUCUGCAAGACCUGGUGGAUCAUGUCAAUGACUUCCAUGUCAAACCUGAAAAGGAUUCUGGGUACUGCUGCCACUGGGAGGGCUGUGCUCGCAAAGGGAGGGGUUUCAAUGCUAGGUACAAGAUGCUCAUCCACAUCCGCACCCACACUAACGAGAAGCCUCACCGCUGUCCCACCUGCAACAAGAGCUUCUCGCGCCUGGAGAACCUUAAGAUACACAACCGGUCACACACAGGUGAAAAGCCCUACAUUUGUCCUUACGAGGGUUGCAACAAGCGUUACUCCAACUCCAGCGACCGCUUCAAGCACACACGCACACACUAUGUGGACAAGCCCUACUACUGCAAGAUGGUGGGCUGCCUGAAGCGCUACACAGACCCCAGCUCUCUCCGCAAGCACAUCAAGGCCCACGGCCACUUUGUGGCUCAGGAGCACAGCUCACCAGGUGGGGUGGGCUCCUUGCUGAAGGGGAGUCAAAGUGGUGGGCUUGCUAGCGAAGUGGGGAAGGAUUCAGAGCUGUCCUAUGUGAGUGCAGCCCACAUUAUCAUCCCAGGAGCUGCGGCUGCUCUCCUGGGAGGCCAUGCUCUGCAGGGUCUUGGUGGUGCCCUGCCACUGUCUCCUCUAAGUCCUCGGCCCCUGGACCUCAGCACACUGGGUUGCCCCAGCUCACCUCCAGGCAGCGUGGGACCCAUCCUGUCCUUCAACAGCUCCCCGCUGAGCCUGGCCAAGUCCCCCCUGCUCUCAUCAGCGUUCCCCUCCUCGACCAUGGGCCUGCCAAUGGUGCCCAUGCUGGGAGCCUCAUCUGAGCGCAGGGCCCAGAGCCAGCAAGCCAAGAAGGGCCGGGAGGAGGAGGCCAAGAACGAGGUGACGGGAAGGAUCCUGAACCUCUCCACAGGGUCUCAUGAUCCCAUGUCCUGGGUGGUCAUCCCUCCAGGCACUGUGGUGCUCAAGCCAGCUGUGGUUAACUGACACACACACACACACACACACACACACAGACAUACACACAUACACACACACACACACAUUCCAGAAGAGCUCAGGGGGUCGGGAUGGGAGGGUGAACGCCGUAGUGUGGGUACAGGCGGUCAAAGGUGAUAGGGACUGGCUCGCACAAUCAAACCCAGAGGGAGGUUGGAAAAGGUGAAAACUGUAGAGAAACUCAAAUCAAACCCUCGAUCGGCAGAGCAACAGCUAACAGUACACCUCACAAGAAUUAAGUAUACAACGCAAGCCUCUUGCAUUGAUGGGAAACUAAACCUGAGGCCCAAGAACUCUGUUCAGGACCAUGUAUGGCUCUGUAUUUCUAUCACAAGGCCUGAUAAUGGGCUCCUCUUUGCUCUCUUUUAUUUUAUACUUUAUUCAUUCCUGUUUGCUGGUUCUGUGGACAGGGACCACGAACGUGACAGUCUUAGUGCUCUGUGUUCUUACAAAAGUCCCGAUUCAUUGAUAAGUAUUUAUAUGACUGUACUUUAUCGACAGUGUGCCUCCAGCUUAGCAGUGAGAUAGACACACCAUGAAACCGAAUGACGCACUCACAGUUAGGCAAAACGACGUGCACGAAAACAGGACGAUUCUCCACGGCUGAUUUUAAAGUUACAACCUAUUUUUCACAGGCUGCUGUGAUUAAUAUGAUUCAGACGGGCUUGCCACACCAAAGCAAGUGAACUCGAAACUGUCUUGGUUUUGUCCAGGAACAGGCUGCAGUUUCAGCUCUAAGACAGUUCAGUUAAACACAGCACUUAAUAGUGUCAACUGGUUAUAGUAUUAAAACCUCAAAACUGCUGCUAACCUCUCAGCUCCCCCCCCCAGUGUA